AUCCGUCCUCGUCUCAUCCCCGUCACUGUUCUUGCUUUUUACAAUUCUAUUUGUUCUUUAUAAUUGAUUACGUUCUCCUUAAACGUAACUCAGCAGAACAGAACUAAAAAUUACCCACACCAAAUCCGUCUUCUAAUGUCGCGUCAACCAUUGGAACAUACUCGGAGAUACGGAUCAAGAGAAAGUGGUUCUUCCUGCCAAUUGACCGUCUCAGGAAGUACUGAGGAUGGUUCCUCGACAGAAGUCUCAAACCCGACGGAUUACACUGAGUAUGAUGUUUCUUCAUCAGUUCCGGACUGUGAUCUUUCAAAAGUAGAGGAUUAUGGGGACGAUCGGCGGUUUUCAAUGUACUCAAUGCGCUCAAACUUGCGUUCCUCGAGACCCGUCUCUGCUGCUCCCUCUUAUCGGCCAUUCGAGUACGAUUUGAAUGGAAAUAUUAUAGAGUCCAAUUUCGAAGAGCCUAUUUACGAGAAGGGCGAUUGGACAGAGGCUCCUUCAUACAUUAGCAAUUAUGAAGUUGAGCGUGAACUUCCAAAAUUGCCCGUUAUUACCGAAACAAACACACUGAGAAGAGACGUUCCACAAUACAGUGUUAAGGAGGUACCACUGGUUGACGGAAACUUGAUCGUCGACUAUUCUGUGUCGAAGCAACUUCUUGCGUUACAGGGCACCUUUGCCGAUCAACCGGAAGCACAGACCUUACGCUAUUCAGCGGUAACAUGCGAGCCAGAGGAAACACAGGACAAGGGAUAUAAACUACGACAACAAAUAUACGGGCGCGAAACGGAAAUUGCAGUUUGCCUAACUUUGGAAAAGGAAAGCGUGCACCAAUUCAUUAAUACAUUGCAAUGCGUCAUGGAGAAUAUAGCCGAUUUGUGUUCUCGAGAAUCCUCCCGCUUUUGGAAUACAGAUAGCUGGCAAAAAGUUGUUGUUUGCAUUAUUGCUGACGGUGACGGUGAUCUAGAUUGCAGCUUCGUUGACGUUCUCUCCAGUUUGGGUGUUUAUCAACAUAGAAGUGGAAGCAAAAUGGUCAGCGGCUCGCCAGUUUUGGCACACAUUUAUGAGUACACGAGUUGUUUGAGAAUUGACCAACAAUUCUACAUCACUUCUAUGGAGUCAGUCCCAAUCAAUCUGAUCUAUUGCAAAAAGGCACAGUCUUGUGGAAAAGUCAACUCUCAUCGGUGGUUCCUUAAUGGUAUUGCAAAGUUAUUGCAGCCAAAAGUCUGCUUUUUUAUUAAAGCAGGAACAGCAAUUAAUGAAACCGCUAUAUACCACAUAUGGAAACAAUUUACUACUGACAACAAAGUCGGUGGUGUUUGCGGUAAUACAAAUAUUGAGUUGCCUAACUGGUAUUCGACUCUUUGCAACCCACUCCUUGCUGUUCGGAAUUUCGAACUGCAAACUUACAAAUGCAUGCAGUAUCCUUUCGAUUCUUGCAUGGGAUAUGUGAUCGACAUACCGGGAAAGUUUUAUGCUUACCGGUAUGCGGUGCUUGUUGAGGACGCUUUUUGUUCCGAACCACUCAAGGAUUAUUUUCAAAAAGAUAUUUCUGGAAGUAAUUCCCGGAAAAUUUUUGGAACGAAUGCUUGUCUUGCUGAAGAAUCUCUUCUAAGUUGGUCGGUGAUGCUGAGACCAAAAACAGACUGGGUCAUGAAAUAUGUUGACACCGUCAAGGCGACUAUUCGUUCACAAAACAGCAUUGCCUCAUAUUUGGAUAAUGCAAAGUAUGAAGUAAACACCUCAUUGGGUUCCACACUCUAUGCUUUAAGUCGUUUCCCUAGCAUCUGGGAAACAAACCAUUCAACCCUUCGUCAAUUUUCACUCUCUUUUAAAGUUUUGCUUAAUAGCCUUGAAUUGCAGGUCAAUUACUUCGCUAUGGCUAAUCUGUUUUCAGUCUUUUAUUUUGUUUGUCAUGCCACAUCGACUUCCGAUUAUGAUUUGUUUGGUCAUGGAUGGGGUAACCACAUAUUUGUCUUUUUUUAUUACGUUUUCAUUUGCUUAAUCUUUUCACAAUUUGUUUUGGCUCUGGGAAAUCGGCCUUACGCAACACAUUCGCUAUAUCUUGGAAGCAUGUGUAUAUCCGUGAUUGUUUGUAUUUACUUCCUUAUUUGUUUGUUUUAUGUCGCUUGCAAAAAUGCUUCCAACUCCUCCUCGAAUGGUGAUUCCAUCUUGGGAAAUAAUUCAUUCACAACUUUGCUGUUCUGCCCUUUAAUGAUGUUUCUCUUCCACCUUAUAACCGCCUUAUUACAAUUAAAUCCAUGGCAUAUACUGACCGGUUCAAUCCCUUAUGUCUUAUUAUUACCUUUCCGCGUGUUCACGAAGAACAUAUUCGCUUUCUGUCACAUGCAUGAUACCUUGCAGCUAGGUGAAAGAAAACACUAUGUCGAUAUUGAAGAUGGUUUAUUGGAGUGUGUUCGCUCUAAUAAUUCGCAGACGAUCGUUUUAAGCAUCCCAACGGAGGAGGAUGUUGAGAAUCAGUAUCAUGCUUCUCGUAACAAUUUGCAUGGAGAUGCUUCUGACAUGACGAUGAAUCAUAUAGUGUCCGAAAGUCAGCAAUCUCGUAUGUUUGCUGAUUAUACUCGGAGUAUACGGACGAGAUUCGUAUUACUUUGGGCACUUUGCAAUCUGGUACUCGCUAUGAUACUAACUCAGUCGCUCAAUGAUACGUCCAUUGAUGACAAUGGAUACGUGAAAUUCAUAUUUUGGCUGCUGUUUUCAUUUUCAGCUCUGAAAAUGAUGGGCGCGUUCUCAUAUGCUACCAUUCAGCUAUUCCAAAAACUUCGGACAAAAGUCUAUAGUCCUAAACAUGAAACUUAACUUGCUACUCUCGUUUUAAUAUAUUUUUGUUAAUUUAAAUAUGUAAUUCUACGAAGCGACUUGCGUAAUAAACAUCACAAUAAUUCACACCUAAGAUUCGGGCAUGGUAGACACCCGUGUGAAAGUGACUAAUCUACAAUUCAUU